AUGUCUAGUACAAACAAUAAUGUUAUUAUGUCAGUACUUAAAAAUAAGAUGUUGCUAAGACAUAUGUUUUCUUUGAUCAGAGAAGAAUAUGAUAAUCAAUGCCCGGCAGUUGAUGAUGAUUGCUUAACCAAUUCUCGACAUCUCUACAAGCAUUUCGUCAAUUCAUUAGCAAUCAUGGAUAAAGGAUGGUAUAGUCUGAUGGCUGACAGAAUCAAGAAAGGAGAUUCAUUGUAUUUUAGUAGCAGUAUAGCUGUUGAACUAUGUGGCAGAGUUACGGAUGCCGACAUCUUUACAACCGUUUACAAUGCAAAGCGUUUCUAUUUCACAGACCCAGAGUGUCUAAAGACAGCAAUCACCAAAGGAAAUAUCAAUGCGGUUCGCAUCCUUCUCGAUCAACACAAACCAGUCAAUCUUUCCAAUCACUUCACUUUCGAUACACUUAUGCUAUUUACAUUGACUACCUCACAAUAUCAUAUAGCUGAAUUCCUCAUCGAUAAGUUUCACACUCAUGACCCACAAGCAACUACCCAGAAUAUACUUGAUCAUUAUAUCAAGAGAUUUAAUAUCCUCCACUCUGUGACUUUCUACAAUAUGUUUGUAAAUCUACAAACAGUACCAUAUCCAGAGAAAUUUCUCCAAACAUACAAGCCUCAUCUCAGAGAAAAAUCAUCUGUUGGAAUGUAUCUUUCCGAUUUUUUCUUUAUACACACCAACACUCCCAUUAAACAAUGGCUUCUACCACUCUAUUCUUAUUGCAAAGUCAAUGGAUUGGUUGAAGAUGUUCAACAAUUCAAAAGCGAAUGUGAUAAACUACUUCAACAAUCAAUCGAUAACAGUAAUAUGAUCCAAAAUAUAUUUAAACGAACGACAACACAUCCAUUUAUUAUUCCAUUCUUGAUGGAUACACUGCUUGCCAAAGAAAGAGAUAGUACAAUUCAAUGUCUUUGCAAAGUUGCAGAUUCAUUCGAUUCAGUCAUUGUAGCGCAAUAUUACAAAAGACCAGCAGGUGAAAAAGCAAUGAAAUGUGCGGCAUGGAAAGGUGAUCUAUUUACUCUAAAGAAGUUAUUGGAUCAUCGAAGUUAUACAGUUAAGAAUUCAUGGAGUGAACUCAUUGAUUUGGCAAUCUGUAGAGAGAAUCUCAAUGUUUUAGAGUUUAUAGUUGUUGAGAAAGCAGUUACAAUUACCUCUAACAAUUGUAAGAAGAUUGGAUCGAUGGGAAGUCUACCAUGUCUUCAAUUGUUACUUGGUAAGACAUUUCAAGCCGGUGAUUUCGAUAGUCCGAUGAUAAGAGCGGUACACGAGAUGGCUUGUACCUACGGUCAAACUAAAUUCAUCAGUGACAUGUAUAAUCAAUAUUCUGAAUAUAAUAGAAAUUACUGGUCAAAUAUAAUUCAUUCUGGUAUUAUCAGUACUGCAUAUCUUCAAUUUGGAAUCAAUGAUUACAAUGACCAAGAGAUAUUGGAACUCAUCGAAAUUGCAAUCAACAGUGGAAAAGUUGAAUUUUAUCAAUUCUUUGUGGAACAACUCCAAGAUUCCUCGAUUUUAAAUCAGUUGUCACCAAACAAGAAACCAAACAAAGUUUCCAACGGUCUAUAUCCAAUAUAUUUUCAUCGAUUACUUGAACCAAGAAAAAGACAAAAGACAAACCUUUGA